AUGGUUAAAGAAAUGCAGAAGGAUGUGAAUGUCUUAUUAUUAAAGCAACAAAUUCCAUUUAUGUUAAAUGUAUCACAUUAUAUGACAGAUUUAGUGUAUACGUUAUAUUAUACAAUAAAAUUACAAGAUGAACAAUCACAUAUAUUAGAAUUAGAGGGACGAAAGACGUUAUUAUGUGAUGAAAUAUAUAAAUUACGGGAACAAUUUCGUAAUUUGUUAAAUCAAUCCAGUGGAUCGAUGUAUAUAGAAGAAGAUGGAAAUAGUACAUCAUCGAAGGAUAUAAUUGAAUUAAUACAACAAUUUAAAAAUUUAAUGAAUGAAGAAUUAUUACAAAUAGUACGAGAUACAAACAAUUUAUUAAUAAUUGAACUUGAUAAACAAAACGAUAAUGAUAUAAAUAAAUUAAAAUUACAAUUAGAUAAUUGUCUUUAUGGAUUUCUUAAUUUAGUUACAUUUAUUAGAAAGAUACCAUUAAAAUUUGAUAACGAUAGUAAGAAUCAGGAUAGUAAUAAUAGAGAAUCGAUGGAAUCUAUCGUUAAUGUAAUUAAAGAUGAAUUAUUAUUAAGUUGGAAAAUUGAGUUAGAUUUAUUAAAUUGUAAAAUAUUUAAUUUAAUAUCCAAAAAUGUUAAAAUAAUUAAACUAUUUCAAGAUUCGAUUAAUGAAGAAAAUAUUGAUUCCAUUAAAGAGGAUAGUGAAACAUUUAUUAAACUAAUUAAUUGGUUAAAGGAUGAUCAAGUAUUUGGUUCAAUUGUGUUAUAG